AUGGCAGCUUCAAGCGGUUCUGGUUUGGAACCUCAGAAAAAUGAUAUCAAUUCUGAUGUGGAUGGGGAAACGAAUAUAGACAUGGAGGAAGACAUGGAUCUAACAGAAGAUGAUUUCAGAAAUGUUUCUGGCCAGUUUUUAGGGGAAACUCCGAUAGCCGAGGUUAGGGAUGCUGUCAAUGUCAGUGUUGAAACCGUGAAAGUGGAUGUUAGUUCUAAAUCUGGCGUUAAACGAGCCAGAACAACCUCUUACGAACAGCAACCUUCAGUCCAUGUUACUUAUAAACAUUUAACAAGAGCUAGUAAGCACAAGCUGGAAGGUUUAUUACAGCAAUGGUCAGAAUGGGAGGCAGAACAAAAUUCCCUAGCCCAGGAUCAAGAAGAAGUACUAGAAUCUGGUGAGGAGACAUAUUUUCCUGCUCUGUGUGUGGGAUUGCAGAAGACAUCAUCUGUGUCAUUCUGGUUUGACUGCCAAACUGGUCGCAAUUCUUUAAAGGAGUUUGUUCCAGUGGAAAGUAUCACUACUCCACUUUAUGACCGUGGAUUUACAAUUGGGUUAGAUUCAGCUGAUGCCUCUAAUAACUUGGAAGGAGGCUUAGAGAUUAUUGAUGAACCCACACGUUGCUUCAAUUGCGGCGCUUACAGUCAUUCCAUGAGAGAAUGUCCAAAGCCUUUUGAUCGAGCAGCAGUUAGUAUUGCCCGGAGGCAACAUAAAAGCAAAAGAAAUCAGACACCUGGAUCCCGUUUACCCUCCCGAUAUUAUCAGAGCCCUCAAGGUGGAAAAUAUGAUGGCUUGAAGCCUGGCUCACUUGAUGCAGAGACACGCCAGCUUCUUGGUCUAAGGGAACUUGACCCUCCUCCAUGGCUUCACAGAAUGCGAGAAAUUGGGUAUCCACCGGGAUAUUUAGUUGCGGAAGAUGAUCAUCUCUCUGGAAUCACUAUAUUUGGUGAGGAAGAUACUAAAGCAGAAGAAAAAGUAGAGACUGAGGAUGGUGAAAUCUCGGAAAGAGCAAGCCCUCCAGAGCCGGAAAUGAAAAUGACAGUUGAGUUUCCGGGGAUUAACGCACCCAUCCCAGAAAAUGCAGAUUUGUGGCUAUGGCAGGAGAGGAAAAACACAGUACAUGCUUCUUAUCUUAAUCACCAUCGACCCCAAGAUCAUAGAGGCGAGGUUGGCCCUCCAGGUGUUGAACUGUCUUCGAGCUAUCCUCCAAGGUAUGGCAUUAGAUAUGAUCAUGGGUAUGCUUCAAGACCAAGAAGCCCGGGAUCCGAAAAAUCAGAGUCUGAAAGACUUAACAGGUAUUACUCUUUGAAUGAUUCAUAUCUCAGGGGCAGGGUGGAUAGUGAUCCAUAUAGGUUUAGCAGCCGAAGAUGA